AUGCCCCCUCUUACAGUGGAAUAUCUCAAGCAUGCGACUGGGGAGUUUGAUGAGGAAAGCGUAUUCCAGGCCAUUCUCCCCAACCGCUCCAUCACAAGGAUAGAUCAGCUUGGCAAAUGCUGUAACCUUCGAUGGUUGGAUCUGUCCAAAAACCAGAUUGUCCGCAUGGAGAACCUGGAAGGUUUAAGCCAGCUUGUUUCAGCUUCUUGGCAGCACGAGUCCGUCAGAGUCGUUCAGGAUCUGAGCGGCGCUCCAAAGCUUGAGCGGCUAAUGCUGAAGGCCAAUCCGAUCUCGAAAAUCCAAGACUUGGAAGGCCUGAAGACGUCACGCUCAUUGCGCCACCUCUCCUUCCAGAAUGUGGACAACUCCGACGCCUGUCCGGUGUGCGCGCUGCCAGAGUACGCCAAGAGCUUGCGCUCGCUUUGUCCCGAGCUGCUGGCCUUGGACUCGAAGCGGCUACGGCUGCCGGACCUGGACCGUGAGAUUCGGCGAUUGGACGAGCAGAAUGCUGUGGCAAUCCCCGAGCCACAGCCAUGGUUCUCGCCUGAAGAUCUGGAUCUGGGCGAGAUGCAAACCACGGAGGUCAUCGAAGAGGCGUUGAAGGAUCGCAUGCAAGAGUUUGAGGCGCGCAUACGAUGGCGGUGCACUGGUGAGCUCCUGCAUGCACUGACAUAUUGA